CGUAUUUUACGGGGAAGAACGGCAGGGCGAAAAAGCCACCCUGUUGGGAUCGUUCAACCUAGCCGAGGAGCGAGUUGGUCUUGGGGACGUUGAGAGACUAACCCUGGUCUGAGCAAUAAUGAGAAGUUGGUGGUUUUUCGUGGUUACAUUCUUUAUCCUAUGGGGUCUUUCUUUGGCCAAAUUUGAGGAGUUUGAUGACGAUGACUUAGUAGAAUAUGAUGAUAAUGAUUUUGCUGAGUUUGAAGAUGUGAUUGAAGCCACAGAAUCUCCCCAGCGGAUUGUUACAGCAGAAGAGGAGGAGGAGGAGGAGGAAGCCACAGUAGAACUUGAAGGACAAGAUGAAGGCCUUGAUUUUGAGGAUGCUGAUGGACAGGAAAGUGAUACAGAAAGUGAGCCGUAUGAUGAUGAGGAGUUUGAAGGUUAUGAAGAAAAACCUGAUGCAUCUCUCGGCAAAAAUAAGGAUCCUAUUACAAUUGUUGAUGUUCCUGCACAUCUUCAAAAUAGCUGGGAGAGUUACUACAUGGAAAUUUUAAUGGUGACAGGACUCCUUGCUUAUAUCAUGAACUAUAUCAUUGGAAAGAAUAAGAACAAUCGUCUGGCCCAGACCUGGUUCAGUAGUCAUCGAGAGCUACUUGAAAGUAACUUUGCACUAGUUGGUGAUGAUGGUACAAACAAAGAAGCCACAAGUACAGGCAAACUGAACCAAGAGAAUGAACAUAUCUAUAAUUUGUGGUGUUCCGGUAGAGUGUGUUGUGAAGGCAUGCUUAUCCAACUCAAGUUUCUUAAGAGACAAGACUUGCUGAAUGUUCUUGCACGCAUGAUGAGGCCAGCCUGUGAUCAAGUGCAAAUAAAAGUUACUAUGAAUGAUGAUGAUAUGGAUACCUACGUUUUCGCUGUUGGGACAAGAAAAGCCUUGGUACGGCUUCAGAAGGAAAUGCAGGACCUGAGUGAGUUCUGCAGUGAUAAACCCAAAACUGGGGCAAAGUAUGGGCUCCCAGAAGCACUGGCCAUCUUAUCGGAAAUGGGUGAGGUCACAGAAGGAAUGAUGGAUACGAAGAUGAUCCAUUUCCUCACACAUUAUGCUGAUAAGAUUGAGUCAAUUCAUUUUUCAGACCAGUUUUCCGGUCCAAAACUUAUGCAAGAGGAAGGCCAGCCUUUGAAACUGCCUGAAACUAAAAAGACACUGCUGUUUACUUUUAAUGUACCAGGUUCAGGCAACACUUCCCCCAAAGACAUGGAAGCUCUGCUGCCUCUGAUGAACAUGGUUAUUUAUUCUAUUGACAAAGCAAAAAAGUUCCGUCUGAAUAGAGAAGGAAAACAGAAAGCAGAUAAAAAUAGAGCGCGUGUAGAAGAGAAUUUCCUGAAACUGACUCAUGUUCAAAGACAAGAGGCUGCCCAGUCCCGCCGGGAAGAGAAAAAACGAGCAGAAAAGGAGAGAAUCAUGAAUGAGGAAGAUCCAGAAAAGCAGCGACGUCUAGAGGAGGCUGCCUUGCGUCGUGAACAGAAAAAACUUGAAAAGAAGCAAAUGAAAAUGAAACAGAUCAAGGUGAAAGCCAUGUGAAAAACUCAUUUGGAAGAAAUAUCUUUUUGGUGCCAACCAUAGAGUUGCAAUCUGCUGCCUACAAUAAGCUGAUUAUAUUCCUGACCUUAAUCAUUGGCCACUUAAGAACCACUUUUGAUAAUAAUUGUUGUUGCUCAUGGGAUUAUGACUGAAAGAUUUCUCCCUCCAUGUGUAUAUUUGGCAAAGUUGUGCUUAACUCUAUUGGUUUUAACACAAUUUUUAAAAAUGUGUUUAUGUACUGAAUUGCUUCAACCAUGACCUUCAAAACAGCAAAAUUAUACUUAGCUAUCAAUAAAAUAAAUGUAUUUAAUCCACAUUUGGAUUGCAAUUCUGAACCUAGUUCAAUCCUCUUUAAUGACUAGGACAGCUAAUAAUAAAUAUUUUAAUGGUGCAGCCCAUUUUGAUUUUAUAUAACAUUCAGAUGUGUAUAUAGAGAGCUUUGCGAUUGUCUUCCGUAUUAGAUUUUUCCCCCUACUUGCUUUGGAUGGAGUUCUAGAAAUUUGCAAUAUUCUUUCAGAUGCUUUGAUUAAAUGCAUGAUGUGUAUGAGUGUACACACACUUGGAUACACAUACACAUAAAAUGUAUGCACAUAUGUACUCUCACACAGAUGUAUGCGCACAGGUACACAAACACACACAGUUUCUUAGAAUGUACCAACAAUGCAUAAGCACUUUGAUUAUAUUUAGGAAAGUGGCCAAAAUAGAGAGAAACUAAUAACCAAUCCUUCAUAUUAAGAAAAAAAAUCUGGUUCUUUCACAGUUGGUGCAAACAGCACUCUUGACAUUUAGUAGUUACACAUGAAAUAUAUGUGAAUUUCAUGCUUCUUUGUCAUAGUAAAGUGCUAAACCAGUAUUACUUAACAGUUUUUCAAACUAUUAUGCUGAGAAUUCUAGAAAAACUGCUGAAUAUGUGUUUGAGAUAAGCAAAAAUAAAUUACAAGAUAGCAAUUUCAGUGGUAAAUGUGCAUGCAGAUAAGCAUCUCUUUUAUAUCUGCUGUCAAUAUGUGAGCAACUGGGGAAUGGCAUGUAAAAAUAUUUGCCGUAGGGUUGAUGAUUAUUAAUAACAUAAUUAAUUUAAAACAAUGUAAACACUACCUAUUAGGUUGACCUGACAGAAAAUUUGGGGCACACCUGUGUCUUUUUGCAAAUUCCUGCAUAGCAAAUGAAAAUCCUUGUUGGAUCAGUCAUAUGAUUCCUCAUACAUUGCCCAGUUGUUGAAAAUCAUUUAUCUUCCACAUAGCUGACUUCUUUGGAUUCAUUUUCUCUAUAUAGGUUUAUUGUAUUUUCUAUUUCUGCAUAUAAAUCAUGCUUGCUGAUUUGGAACAGGGUGUAUGCACUAUUUUUUUUCCUUUUUUUAGACAGAUGCCUAGAUGUUUUAAGAGGUUUCUUUAGAUUUUAAUGUGCUUUUCUGAUUGUAUCAUAUUCCUCCAGUAUUUCUGUGCGUCUCUGUAGCUGCUAACUAUGUAAAGUUGACAAGGAACCAGGGUCUGAAUAACUGUGCAAUUCACUUCCCCCUACCCUCAGGUAGAAGCCUAUUAGAGGAUUAUAUGUAUUCAACACUAUUUACUAAUUGUAUAUGCUGGGGAAAUUAGAAUCUGGAGCUUCUCCCACUUUGCAGUCUUAUGGAAUUGCUGCAUUUUAUAAAUGCUCGAUGGCAUUUGACCAUUUCUGUAUAAUGGAUUCUUUUUACAGUGAGUUUAAUGAGAAGAAACUUGAGGGUUAAGCUUCGUGUAUUUUCUUGAUUAUGCUUGUAUCACUGAUGCAAUAACAUUAAGCUGCUCUUUAAAACAGCAUGUGCAAAAAGCCACUUGUCAGAGCAUGAACAUGCAUAGAUUCUUUUUGAAUGCAAUCUACAACCCAAAAAAUAUUUUAAUUUGUGAUUUUUAUAUAACUAUCAUUUAUGAUAUUUUACAUCAGAAAUGGCAGUGCUACGUGGGAUAUAUUUUAAACUAUUUUGUCAAUAGAUAUUAUACCAAUUGAAUAAAAUUUUGUUUCACAGAG